GCCCGAGGCGCCUUUAGCCGAAUUACUGAAGUUCAGAGGAAGUGACGGGAAUACCGCAGCUUUCGUUAAGAGUUAGUAGUUCAGCGAAUAUUAAAGAAAGAAAAAAAAACCUUACAGAGAGGAGACAUUUAAGACGAAGCUUCACGUGUUUUCUGAAUCACGGCAACGCAAACAUAAGAUGAAAGUUCACGUUUUGACGGAGAUCAUGAUCGAGCUGCAAGUAUUAGUUUACUAACCAUAUUGUUUUAUAGUCGACCGUUGACUACCUCUCGUUAACUACCUCUCCAGAGCAGUUUACAUUCGCCGCGCACCUUUUCGCUGUGUGUAUGAAGUAGUUUACACUGACGCGUUAAAUGAGUUUAAAUCAUUGGCGUCCUUUGUAAUGAACGCGCGAGCGGCUUUGGUCCGGAUAGCGCUCGUCGUGUUCCCGCUGCUGUUGUCGGUCAGUGUUUGCUCUCGGUUGACCGUGCUCGUUCGUCUCAACGACGGGCAGAUAACGGAGGAGCUGCUGGAGGCGGACGGCGAGAAGGACGUCGUAACGGUGGAGUUCAGGCAGAGCGACGGGACUCUCAUCACAUUCCUGUCUGACUUCAAGCGCCAUGUGAAAAUCUUUCGUGCGCUGGUGCUUGGAGAGCCAGAGAAGGGCCAAUCUCAGUACCAGGCCCUCUGCUUCAUCUCACAUUUGGAUCAUGGAGAGCUCAUCCCAAGCGAGGCCAUGGCUCGACUCAGACAGAAAAACCCUCAUGUGGUGCGGAGUGCAGAUGAGAGACGCAGUGUUGAACAGUUCACUAUGAAUGCAGCGCUCAACAUGAGUCGCUCCUGGCACCUCAGUACUCAUAUUUAUAACGUCUGCAGAGAUGCACGAGACCUGGUGUACACACGACAGCAAGAUGUCAAAUACUGGCUGGAGAAAGGGGUGGAAGGCUCAAUAUUUGACGUCUUUCCUCAGAGUUUGAACGUGACGGACUUGCAGAGCUGCAGCUCCACCACAGACCCAUGGCAGCCGUGUGCCUGCAGUUACAGGUUAACCCUGGAGUGGUUCCCCUGUCAGCUGAAGUACUGCCGGGGCCAGGGCCCCAACCCUUACAAGUGUGGCAUUAAGAGCUGCAGCAAAGGCUACCGCUUCGACUUCUACACACCUCAUAAACAGCUGUGCCUUUGGGAUGAGGACAAUUAGCGGCACCUGUCAAAGGAAAUUUGGUUUCCUUAACUUUUUCUUAAGAGAACCAUUUUGAUAAAGAGAUUACCUAGAAAUGAAUUGUGCACUUCAGUGUUUUGAAAGCAGCUAUACAUUUUACUCGACAGGGAACUUUCUCUGACUCGUAUGCCUUUAAUGGGAGUGAAAGAUAUUUUGAUGUGGACUGUCAAGCCAUUUAUAUUUCUGACUUUUGGCCAUCAAUACAAUCGUACCUCAGGGCAGGAAAUAGUUUUAUUAUUAUAAGUCUGUAAGUAUGUUUAGUUCUGCUUAGGGCAGCUGUAUUGUAUUGUAGCUCUUGUUUUCAUUUUUGUUACUACAUUUGGGCAUUAAAAUAUUUGAAUGUUAAUGCUAUUCAUAACAUCCCCAGUUUUGAAGACAUUAGUAUAAAGGAGAGUAUUUCAAAUCCCAUUGUACAAAAUGAUACAAUAUGUGAAUGUUGGCAUCUGUAUUUUAAAAGGUUUCUAAGUGGUUUAUUUUUUCAUGUUAAACCUUUUUUUCACUUGGUUUUAUCACGUUGCCUUCAUGUUAAAGGAAUAGUUCAGACAUAAAUGACUCACCCCGAGGCCA